CGAUAACUGCGAAUUGUACCUUUCUGCGCGAAGCCGCUUGCGCGAUCAAAGUCCGAAGGUCUUCCGAAUAUAUAUCCAGUAUGACACGAUAAUGCAAGUUCUUUGGUCUCGCGCGGCGCCAACCAGGUCUUGUCACUGUAGCAGCUGUCUACAAGCUGCAACGACUAUAGCUCGUCGAACCACUACUGCCGCCAGCAGACGCCAAUUGAAAUUUGGAGACCUAUUUACAGCAUGCUACUCAACCAUACUAGCUACUGCUGCCGUUGCAGAUGCAAAGGUCAAGGAAGAGAGGAGGAGGGAAUGGGAUCGACUCAUCGCCGAGGCCAAGGGCUUGCCAAUUGAGAAAAAGGAAGAAGCGCAUGAACCGGAAAAUGCUAAGGAGAGAACGAGGAACCCGACUCCUGCUGUCUGGGAUGGUACCUGCUGGACAACAGCGGCGCCGGUCAAAGAUGCUCGUUGGACAAAACAGCUGAAGAUACUGGACUCGCACUUAAAGCAGUCUCUCGCAGAACCCGCCAAGAGACUUUGGAAACAAUCGGCCGCUGUGGAAGAAGACUGGGACGAUGACGACGAUCCGGAAGGCAUUCUACUUCCCCGGGAGCCAAAAAACCAGUUACAAGUGUAUAUGAUGGAGCACAACAUUGCAAAGCUUGUUGCUCGUCUGCUUCUGCAUUCAAAAGUCAAAUCGGCAACACGAAGCUCUACGGCCACAGCUGACAGUCUUCAUUUUUCUGCACAGAUGGAAGAGAUGACAAGGCGAAUUGAGGCAUUGCAACGAGGAGAUACCAGGCUACCAUUGUACUCAUUUCAUGAUCCGGCAUCUGUCAGGAAGGAACGAGCGGAGUUACAUAACUCUCUAGUGGCUCUUUAUUCGAGAACCUCAGUCAAUGGUUCCAACAUCGACGUCAUGAUAGCGAAGAUCUGUUACAAUCUCUUGGUUUCUACUGCCCCGCCUAAUAUCACCACUUACAACAUCUUGAUUGACUGCUUCACCCGACUGAAAGAGUAUGAACUUGGAGAUCUCGUCGUGGAGUCUUUUCUUUUAGAGAGCCGCUACAAACCAAACCCUGCGACCAUUCGGCUCAUUCUCCACCACUUCGCUGAAAAGGGUGAUUCAAUUGGCUUCCGAAGAAUUGUUAGACGAAUGAGAGGCGUUGAUCAGGAUAUGCGGGUCAAAAGACGAGCACUUUCGAACCUUCAGCUCUCGGAAGUACAGAGUUGGGCACUGAAGAAUAAGGUCGUUCAUAGAAAUGGCCAGCUGGUCCAGAAAAUGCCUCGAAAUGCCACAAUCUUUGAUUCUCUCAUCCAGGGUUGCCUGACCUUAACGGAUGUUCGUUCAGCUAUUCGUUAUUUCCGCGCAGCUCUUCGCGAGGGCUACGAAGUGAAGUCAAGGACACUGUUUCAGAUUGUAGAAGCAUGUCUUCAGCAACUAGACUACAUUGCUGGGCAUUCCCUCCUGUAUGCUAUUCUGUUACAAUGGGAAAGGGGGUCAUUACCGGGUCAUGGAAUCCGAUAUAAUAGCCUUGUACGACAUGCUAUAUACCAGCUUCUGGGCCUCUGCCGCGUUAGCAUAGAUUCGACACGAAAACUACCGGUCAAAGCUUCUCGAGAUUCUUUGCAGAGAAUGCUACGUCAUAUGAAAAUUGAGGCCAUUGCGGAUGCUAGCGAUCGAUUUGCAGAGCGUAUUUCGUUCGUGGAGAACCUCAUUUUACUACACACCCAGCAUCCCAAGGAUGAUGGGAUUACAACGAGUGGCGAGACAGUCCAGCUGAUGGGCUCAGAAAUUCCGGUAGAAGGCCCAGAGAACUCAUACCAACGCCUCAAUCUUGCAGUACGAAUUCUCAACGACGCUCCGCUCAGGGAACAACUUCAUGAGGAUAGGAUCAAAGGGAAUAGCGCACGAGCUCGUUUAAGGACCUUGCAGGUAUUUAAGUCUAUACUCUUCGCCAAGUCGAAAGACAUCAUCUUCAUGCAGCAGGAGUUACUACCUAUUUCGUACAAUCAUCUUUCACCUCAAUCAAAACUGAAGUACGAUGCUGCGACAAGAGAGCGCGAGGAUAUUCCUAUAUCCGAAAGGCUGGACCUUCUUUUCCGCCUCCAUCGAGAGGCGAACCAGGAGAAGUCAGUUGUUGGGAGCCAAGUUCUCGAAAUGCAGUGCGUAGAGCAACCAGCACCUCGAUUGGAAAUACAAACACGGAAUUUCCCACAGCCUAUUCGCCCACCUACACCUCCUACGGGAGUACCCUUUUCCGGCUUUCGCACGGUUUUGCUGGACCCAAGGCUGCAGGAUGAGGCAAUAGUAGCAAGAGAGUGAUGUACUAUUUAAUGGUUGAAUGGUUCCAUGAAAAAAAAGGUACUUGUUUGUACAUAUAGAGCGUGGGUUGAAUGGCGCCUAGGUAUAUAUCUUUGGAGCAUAACGGCGUUGGAGAUAUCUCCCAAGACUUGAUGGGGGUAGUUUCUUGAGGUAUGCGAAUAUGAAGACAUACGAUUGCUCGA